GCAAAGCAAUACAAAGCAUUCUCUUGUAAUUUGUGGCGAUAAGCCCUAUAAAAGAUUUAAGCCAUUGAAAAUGGAGGAAACAGAUCCGGUGAUAAAUGGAACCGGAACACUGGACGUCGUCGGCCUCAUCGAAAGCCUUAAGCUAAAGGAAACCAGCGAUUCCGCUUUGAUCCUCGAUCGCUAUCCCCCGUACUCGCCAUUCUAUGGAGUAAUGGGCGUCGUCUUUUCCAGUGUACUAACUUCGGUUGGAGCGUCCUACGGAACCGCCGUUUCCGGUACUGGGAUCGCCGCCACAGCCGUAAUGCGUCCGGAAUUGGUCAUGAAGUCGAUUAUUCCGGUGAUUAUGGCAGGAAUCAUUGCCAUCUAUGGCCUGGUGGUGUCCGUACUGCUCUCAGGCGAACUGGCUCCUUCGAUCAAGUAUUCGCUGCCCACUGGAUAUGUGCACUUGGCCGCAGGACUUUCGGUGGGAUUCGCUGGACUGGCUGCCGGUUACGCCGUGGGCGAGGUGGGCGACGUGGGUGUGCGACACAUCGCCCAGCAGCCACGCCUCUUUAUCGGCAUGAUAUUGAUCCUGAUUUUCGCCGAGGUGCUGGGCCUCUACGGCCUAAUCAUCGGUAUAUAUUUGUAUACUGUCAACAUAAAGUAACAAAUUGGUGUUCCAAUCACAAGGAAAAAACAAAUAUAAUCACAAAAUAAAGGGAUUUAGAAAUAA